AUUUUUGGAAAAGCUGCUUCUCAGAAGGAGUGGUGCUGCAGUGGCACAGGGGGGUGGUGCAGUCACCGUCCCUGGAGCUGUUUCAGACCUGCGGAGAUGCGGCACUGUGGCACGCGGUCAGUGGGAUGGGUUGGAUCUGAUGAUCUUAGAGGUCUUUUCCAACAGUAAUCGUUCUGUGAUAUUAUGGAGGCAGGGGCUCUGCUGCCAGUCUGGCUUGCCCAAGGGAGAGAGGGACCGCACUAAUGAGCAACAGCCCUCAACAUUUUGGCAACGUGCAGAAUUUUUGGUGUCCUCCUGAGGAGCAGCUCAGCCGCAGCUCAUCCUCAGGGAUGAGGGCGAGAGGAGGAACAAAAGGCGAUGGCUUCCCUCAAAGCCAGCCCCCAGCUCGCCCCCUCCCUCCUCUCCCGGGGAGCACGGGGCUGAGACAGCCGAGGGCUGGAGCCUCCCCGAGGAAGGAAAGCCGGGGAACCGAAAGGCGCCGCCUUUCCCGCUGUGAGGUGCGUGGCUGAAGGCGGUCGGUGGGAGAUGAGGCCCGGAGCGAGGGGCUGCGAGGCGACCUGCUGACCCGCAGCCAUCGUGGGCAGCGCCGGCAAUGGGGAACAGCGGCUCGGCCGUGAAAGUGUGCGCCGAUCACCAGGGAGGCAUCAACUGGCUGAGCCUCAGCCCCGACGGGCAGCGACUGCUGACGGGCAGCGAGGACGGCACGGCGCGGCUCUGGAGCACGGCCGACAGCCAAUGCCACGGCCACUUCCAAGGACACGAGAGUUACAUCACCUUUUGCCACUUAGAAAACGAGGCUGCCUUCACAUGUAGUGCAGAUCAUACCAUUCGAAAGUGGGACGUGGUGACAGGCCAGUGCCUGGCCAUUUACCGAGGGCACACAUCCAUUGUGAACAGGAUCCUGGUUGCCAAAGACUAUCUGUUUAGUGGCUCCUAUGACAGGACAGCCCGCUGCUGGAGUGUGGACAAGGAGAAACAAAUCCAGGAAUUCCGGGGCCAUCGGAACUGUGUCCUGACUCUAGCUCACUAUUCCUCCAAGGACGUCCUUGAAGAGGAGGAAGAGGAAGAGGAGGAAGAGGAGAGAGUAAGCAGAGACCUCCUGGUGACAGGUAGCACGGACUGCACUGUAAAGGUCUGGUGGGUGUCCAGCGGGCGCUGUUACCAGACUCUGCUGGGACACACUGGGGCUGUCUUAUGCCUUAUACUUGACGCACCAAACAGGGAGCUGUUUUCUGGCAGCACGGACUAUACCAUUCGAACAUGGAAUAUUGUUACUGGUGAGCAGCUGAAAGUGUUCAAAGAGCAUCAAGGAUCGAUAAUUUGCCUAGAGCUGGUGAAUCGGCACUUGUAUUCAGGAAGCGCAGACAGGACAGUGAAGUGCUGGUUAGUGGACACUGGGGAGAGAAUCCAAACGUACAAGGCUCACAAACACAGCGUUAGCACUUUGAAAUACCACGCUGGGAUCUUGUUCACUGGGAGUGGUGAUGCAUGUGCACGAGCCUUCAAUUCCAGGAGUGGUGUCCUGCAGAAGAUCUUCCGAGGACACAAGUUCAUCAUCAACUGCAUCCAGAUCCACAACGAGCUGCUGUACACAGCCUCCCAUGAUGGAACACUGAGGAUCUGGGACAUCCGGGGAGUAUGCAAGAGAAAUAAGCGGCGUUUGAAGAAGGAGAGGUGCGUCCAGGGCAGGAGCUCUCAGAAGGGAAGUCUGUCUCGUCUCUUCAACAAUAAGGUUGGCUGUAUGGUACAGCAAGAAAAUGGGGAACACGAGACUGUUGAACUAAUGUGACUAUCCACAAUAGACUUUCUGUGAGUGACCAAAGCUGAACCUUCUGUUUUCUGCACCGCUGUCUAUGUGCAAGCCAGAACUUGGAAAGAGAUGGGAGACUGCUUUGCUUGAAACUGUUUAAAGAGCCAAAGUUCUCUGUGGCAGUCAGAUGGACUCCAGUCAUGUUGCUGCUCACGAUGACUCAGCUGAGCAACACUAGGGAUAAGAGGGACUGAGUGUGGAUCUGAUGAUGUAUCAGCAGUGUGACUGUGUCAUUAAAAACUUUAUUUACAGCUGCUUUUUUCCAGUUCUCCCUGACAUUGAGAUGUUGCACACUUCCACCAGGCUGCAAUCUGACAACGACUGUUUGUACCUGUCCCCACUGCCUUCUCAUAUGCCCUGAGUUCAGCUAAACACCUGAGCAUGGCAGUAGCAAGGAGGUUGUAGCAUUACUUCUGGCUCAGUGGCUAUGCAAUACACCUUGCUUGGUUCUGUGUGGCCCUUGGAUCCGUGUGGGAGUUCCAGUUGUGCUUCACAGGGAGUGGGUGUGAAAUAUGGGGGGAAGAGUUACUGGAACGGUGUUGUCUUUCUUCCUUAUGUGGUUAUGCCUGGCCUUGGCUUGCUAGCAGCAAUGGGUAAGCAGUUGAAUCCAAGAGAAUUUCUCCCCAUCUUUUUCCAGGUUCAUCCCUUUCUGAUAACCACUGAGCUGUGAAUAAACAAAGGUUCUUCUAUUUUUCUAUUUGCAGGUAUAACCCUUUGUAGAACCAGUACAAGAAUAUCUAACCACAUGUUUUUAUUUUUAUGGCUUUAUUUAUUCUGUACUACAGCAAGAUAGCAAUGCUGUAAUUCUUUCUUAGAACAGACCAAUAAACAUGUGGCAUCCAUAACUGCCUGUCUUGCUUUUAUUUACUUCUCACAUAGAGGGAAUUUGCCUGCGGGUACACAGCAGCAAAGGGUGGAUGGAACAUAGAAAAACAAUAUACACUUUGGGAACCAUUUCCCUUGCUACUAGGGCUGCCCCUGGGGCAGGGCUGGUGUUGGCUCUGUGUGCUCCUUCCCUCUACUGCUGUGUUUUGCUUAUGAUGGCAAUGCCUGGAGGAAGCCAGCAGCGGAGAUGGAUGGGGUUGUUGCAGGCAGUGUGGGCUAAGACUCCGGGGUUAAAGCCUUGAACUAACUAACUGCCCACAGUGUAUGAGAUGGGAGAGCUGCACAUGAAGUUUGCAAAUGGUUUUCAGAGACACAGAGCUCAUAGAGUGGAAUUAAUGAGUCAUUACUGUUUCUGCUGGUUGCUAAAGAUAUCAGUGUCUUCAAAUGCAUGUUCAAAAUUAACUAAAUCCCUCAGCUAAUGCCUCCCACCCCACUGAUCACUUAAAACUGCACACACAGUUCCUGGGGGCAGUGCUGGCUGAAUUACACCACAGAGGAACAGCUUCUCCUGUAAGCUUUGCAUGUUAAGAUGCUAAUUUUACAAAUCUUGAGGAGAAAUGUUCAGUUUUUGAGUGUCACUUCCACUUGGCUAUGCAAACUGUUUUGAAGCAGAGAGCUGCUGCCUUCUAGACAUGCCCAUGGGCUACCCCAAGGUAAUGCCCUUGCAGUCCCACCUACUUCUUAUUAAAGCUAUGUACAGCUUCUGGCUUGGUUGGUUGUUUCUAGUGUCUAGGUAUUCUUUGGUUUUUGUAUGUGGUUCAGUGCUCUGUGCCCUCCUGGAGAGAGACAGGGAGGAUACAGCAGUUGCUGGUUCUUUUUUUAGUCUUAAGUUUGCACCUCUGGCUUUAAAAAUGUGUUGGGCGAUGGGGAUGAAAUACAAAACUACCCUGUUUCUGUAGCGUUUGCCUUGACACACAAGCAUGAGACAAACUGCAAGUAACUCAUUAAUGAUAUUAUCACUUAUUCCCUGUCUUCUGAUGCCCCAGGCUAAGGUAGCCAGAGUAAGAUCCACUACAAGACUUACCAGCUAUCAGCUGGAUUAUUGCAGUCACUUUGCAGUCCUACUUCCAGUAUUCUCUCAGUGUUGCAGAAGUGCAAGCCUUUAUUUUGCCCGAUAAAUGUUGGGUAAAAAGAAACAGUCACCACGUACACGGCUCAUCCCAGAGCAGCUCCUGUCAGGGCCACGAGCAGAGAAGAUCCCUGCUCCCUGGCCCUGCAGCAGGUAGGGCUUGAGCUCCCUCUACCGUGAGUCUGCAGGUAUUGAAUGCAAACGGAAAAACUUAACGCUGGGGGAACUCACGUGCCAGGCAGAGAGGAGUGCUUAUGUUGCAGGAAGUUGGAUGUUACAUCAGGUAUUUCCACGCAGGUAUUCCUCCAGAACGCUUUUUAAGAGCAAAGGACAGAAGACUUACUAAAAGAUGAAGCAGCACAUGGUUAUCUUUCUUUAUUGCCUGUGUAACACCUGCAUGAAGCAAGAAGCAGAAUGCAGUAUAAAUCCAUGCACAA